AUGAAUUAUAGAAUUGAAAAGGCUGACUUAUAUAUUAGAUAACAUAGAAUAAUUGAAUUAUUUGAAGAUUUGACUACAGCCAUCUCAUAUGAAUAACCAGCAGACAUAAAAAAGUUUUUGAUUGAAUAAUUGCAGUUAAAAUAGAAAUUCGGUUUCAAAACAGGUUUAUUCAAACCAGAAGAAAUUGAUAACAUUUUCACAGUAAAUUGAUUUAAGCAUUAUUAUUAUUAGUUAUUUGAUUUAAAAUAAGAUGGAUGGAUUUCGAAAAAGUAAGCAAUUGAUGCAUUUAAAGUUAUGGCAGCUUCCCAAUAUCAACUUAAAGAUGAAUCUAUUUUUCCAGAAAAAGUAACAAAAAAGUAAUUUGCAGAAAUUAUAGGAGAACAUCUAGGUAUAAAAUGA